AUGGUUGGGUUCAAGAGAUCUCUGAAGUGCUGCAUUCAGUCAUCAAUAGAAAUACCUGCGCCUGAGAGAAACUGUGACUUCUUCAGCUUUUCAACCACACUUCAGAGCUCCUUGGCAUCUGAGACAUUGGUUGAUCCAGAAAGUGCUCGCAAGAGAAAAUCACAGCCAGAGAAAUGGAAAAGAAACACAGAAAAGAGAAAAAAGUAUAGUGCUAAAGGACUGCCCAACUACCCGACAUGCAAUCACAGGGUUGGCUUUCAAUGUACUUUGCUGACAAUGCGUGAUGUGAAAGAUUUUCAUGCUGCUUUUUAUUCAAUCCCUGAGAAAGGUAAGCAGGACUCUUUUAUCCUGAAAUACUGCCGUGCAGAGCAACCGAAUCCAAGAAGAAAAGUGAAAUUACCAAUGGAUGCGCUGGUCAAAAUAAGAAUGUAA